AUGAAUAAUAAUACUUCGAUUAUACAAAUAUUUAGAAUAUUGACAAUAAGAGAAAAGAUAUUAAAAUGUAUAAAAGAAUUGGGAGUGAAUGAUUUGCGUUUUAUAAACAACUUGACAUUAUCGUCAUCAAUUGAACGCUCAGCAAGACUAGUAAAGACAAAAGUUUAUAUCAAAGGAUCAGAUUUGAUUAGAUUAACUCGAUCUCUUUGUUUGAAUGUAUUUAACGAUUUACAUCCAUCAAUUGAUGGUUGGUCUGCUUGGUCGUAUCAUUACCCUUUUUAUAAAGAAGAAGUCUCUAGUAGAGGUAUUCCAAAUUGUACGCUUGGUUCAAUUGGUUCAUUUGCAUUGCCUUGGGAUUUCAUCAAACAUUAUCUACCUAGUCAAUGUCAAUUGAUUGACUCGACUAAACGAUCCACUGCAAUUGGUCGGUAUUGCUCUCAUCCAAAUGCAACUCUUGCAACGUUGGAGCAUUUGAUUGCAUGGUCACCAGACUUUUGUCCAGGUCCAAACGUAUUGGACAAUGUAGCAGCGUCGGGUCGUCUAGAUAUAUUUAAAUAUCUAGAACAUCGGUACAAAGAUACAAUAGUCUGUUCAACACAGGCAAUCGAUGGUGCGGCUCUCAAUGGUCAUGUCGAAAUGAUUGACUAUCUAUACAAGAAUCGUCAAGAACAAUGUACUGUUGCGGCAAUUGAAAAUGCUUGUCGAAAUGGUCAUUUAAAAGUUUUAGAGUACCUACGAAACCACCAUCCUAUUUGGCAAUUUUGUAGUUUUAAUAGUUGGUUAUUGGCUGCUGGUGGUGGGCAUACUAACGUAUUAGAGUUUCACAAACUUUACACUAACAACAACAACAACAACUAUGAUAUCAAUACUGGUAUCCUUUCUGCUUGUGCAGGUGGUCAUUUGGAUACUGUAGUUUAUUUAUGUGGUCAAGGAAAUCAUCAUGAUCAGAGAGUUGGUGAUCAAAUCAAUUUGGUUGCACAAGUUGGCAAUUUGGAAUUGUUUAAAUAUAUCGUAGAGACAUAUCAAACAGUUCCAACGGCUCGUGCUAUUGAAUUUGCAGCUCAAUUUGGUCAUCUCGAUAUUAUAUCAUACAUUGCUAAAGAACCAAAUCACUUGUUGUUUACAAGCAAAACAUUUGAAUUGGCAGCACAAUCUGGAAAUUUAGAGCUUGUAAAGUUUAUUCAUCAACAAUGUGCUCCCUACUCGGAACUGGUAAUGAACAAGGCAGCUACCUAUGGUCAUUUAAAUGUUUGCAAAUGGAUUCAUGAAAAUGUAAAUGGUAUAACAUUUUCCGCCGAAAUCUUUGAUGGUGCAGCAAUCAAUGGUCAUAUACAUGUGGUAGAGUGGCUAAUCAAUCGUGGUUGUCCUAUAACAAACAAAUCACUCCCACUAUUAAUUAAAAAGGGUCUUUUUAACAUUGUCAAGAUCAUUCUCGAUCAACCAAAUGUUCACCCACCACCAAACCAAGUAUUGACCAUUGUUGCACAAUCAGGCAACCUAGAUAUGUUUUUAUAUUUUAUCGACCUAGUUGGAUGUGGUCAAUUAACAUCGUCUGCUCUUGAAUUGGCAGUUGAAAGGUGUCAUACACCCAUUAUCACCUAUAUUGUAGAUCGAUUUGGUACAUCACUCAUUACACGCAAAGUGAUGAGUGCUGCCAUAGUUUGUGGUAAUUUGGGUAUAUUUAAUUAUCUUGUACAAAUCUUUCAAUCAAACCCGUCAUUACCAAAGAUCUCUACUCUAUUUGAUAGUACUGAAAUAUUGUCUGCCAUUCAAAAUGGUCAUGUCUCUAUUUAUCAACGUCUCUAUCAAAUAGUACCAGAAUUGUGCAAUUCUCUACAUGAUCAAUGUUUAAGAGUUGCCGCUGGAAAUGGUCAUCAUUCAAUGGUCAUACUAUUCAAACCAAAAAAUUUGAUUCAAAAACAAAACUAUACUAAUCAGAUGACAAACUAUAUCUUGUCGGUCGAUCAAUUACAAAAAACAAAGAUCAUGGAAAAGGAAAUAUUGGAUAAACAAACAAUAAUGUGGAAACAAUUAAAACAACUUGAAAGUUUACAACAACAACAACAACAGCAAAGUUAUCAAUUUCAACCAUUUAAUUAUUUACAACAACAAUCAUUACAACAACAUCAAAUUCUUCAGUUACAACAACAAUUACAACAACAACAACAACAACAAACUCUUCAAUUACAACCACUACAAUUACAACCACUACAAUUACAACCACUACAAUUACAACCAUUACAACAACAACAAACUCUUCAAGAAAACGUUCAAUCUCCUUUAUCUACUACUACUAAUAAUAAUCAAUUAUUAAAACUUAGAAAUGAAUAUACAGAAAUUGUACGUAAACGUAAUUCAAUAGCUUAUACAAUCAAAAAACAUUAUCAAUGGACGGCAUUGGGUAUACAAAGUAAUGAGGAUGUAUUGGUUGCCAUACAACUAAACAAAUGCAAUGCAUUUGCUUUGGCACUCGCUGGUGGUCACUUGGCAAUUGCAAAAUAUCUCUAUCAUUCUUAUUGCCAACAAGAGGGUGUUGCACCACGAUUAUUGUUUUGUGGUGUGCCUCCUCCAGACCAAAUCGAGCAACUCCCUGUUGAAUAUAUGCAGCCACCGAGAAUUUAUCAGAUCGAGCAACGAUAUGUCAAUGGAUUGCCAUCAAACCAUUGUUUGUAUUACCCCAUCAAAAAUGGUUGGGUCGCGAUUCUAGAGUUUGUCUAUGAAAACUAUCCCGUCGUAUUUGAUGAUCCUUUUGUCAAGAAUCACAUUCAACAUUGCCAUCAGACUGGAUAUUCUGCUGCUCAUUCUUUUUUAACAAGUAAAAAAGCUCAUCUACUUGUUGAUAUUUAA